GUUUUCGUCAACAUCACGUUCGGUCAAGCUCCGGCUUUGUUGUCAGACGCAAGGUAUAGUGAUGAUUGGUUACGAGAACUGCUCGCUUCCGAGGAAGCGUCUGCUCAGUUAACAGUUUAUAUACGAGCGACGGUAGAACAAGUUUCGUAUCUACUUUGAGCCAAGGGAAACGUGAGUUUCGAUCGAAAUUUGAUGAGAUUCUUUCGCGUGAAGCGCACGAGGAGUGGAUCGAUCGUUCGGUCAUGAAUAAAGAUUGACGAACGACGCUUAGAGGUGCUUCACCGUGUAACGUCCGUGAUUUAACCCCUUGCGUGUAAACUCUCUUCCGUUUACCGAUAGAAAAUGAUCAAAUCUCCCUGUGGUAAAUGUCAGUGCGGGGUAUUUUUUAUAAGAUAUACAUCUCCCUGUAAAACAUCGUAGCCUGAAGAUCCGUGAAGAUCAAUGACUGAGACAAGUAAAUUGGCAAACGACGGACGUAUCGGCUAUGCCCGUAUAUGUCACGGACGUGUGCGUUAAGUGAUCGAGGAUCUUUUUACGAUUUUUUUUUAGAAUGGCUGUUAUCAGUUUGAUAAUUAUCCUGACUGCAUGCUUCUUCAAACUUGUCCUGUUCUCUAAUGGAUCACCGACUCUUCUCUUUGUCACGCAAAAGGAUAUUAGGAUGGCCAAUGCUUCUCGUACUAAUAAAGUAGUCACAAUUAUAAAAGAUCUCUCUGAAGGCGCGGCGUUAGAUUUUUACUUUGAGCAUGAGUUGGUAUGUUGGUCUGACAGUGGUUUAGAAAUAAUUCAGUGCAUUCAGACAAAUGGUACCCACACUGGUGAAAGGACGAUCAUCGUGAAUUCCAGUUUAAUUUCUCCUGAUGGCUUAGCUUGCGAUUGGUACACAGGAAAGUUAUAUUGGACAGAUGGAGAGAAGAAUAGAAUAGAAGUGACUAGUAUCGAUGGACGUCACAGGAAAGUCCUCUUUUGGACAGAUAUUUAUCAGCCAAGAGCUAUUGCUCUUGUACCAAUGAAAAGUAUAUUAUUUUGGACCGAUUGGGGCGACAUACCUAAAAUAGAAAGAGCUGCGAUGAAUGGAGAUCCAUCAACAAGAGAAGUGAUUAUUUCUGACGAUAUAUUUUGGCCAAAUGGUUUAACAGUAGAUUAUGAAAAUGAGUUGGUUUACUGGGUAGAUGGAAGACUUAAAUUUAUUGCGGUAAUGGAUUAUUAUGGAAGAAACAGAAGAAAAGUUAUAGAACAGGGGUUAGAUUAUCCUUUUGCAGUGACGUUUUUUGAUCACAAAUUAUAUUGGACUGAUUGGAAAACGUGGUGUGUACAUUCGUAUGAUGUUCGUCAAAAUCAGGCACAUCCUAGAGAAUUAUUGCAUGGGGAAUAUAUACCAGGUGACAUAGAAGUUUGGGAUAUUAGAAGACAACCAUAUGGGAAUCAUCCUUGUGAAAAAAAUAAUGGAAAUUGUUCGCAUUUAUGUCUUUUAAGUAUGACAGAACCUGGAUAUAGCUGUGCAUGUCCUACAGGUGUGAAGUUAGUGGAUAAUUUAACAUGUGCAGAAAGACCAGAAGAAUUGUUAUUGAUAGUUCAAAGAAAUGAAAUUUGUCGAAUUUCUUUAGAUUCACCAGAUUAUACUAAUUUUGUAUUACCAUUAACAGGAAUUAAACAUGCAAUAGCAAUAGACUUUGAUCCUGUGCAAGAAAUGCUUUAUUGGACAGAUGAAGAAGCUCGCGCAAUUCGUAGAGCAUCCCUUGAUGGUUCUAAUCAAGAAAAUAUUAUAACGACAGAAGUGGAAAAUCCUGAUGGAAUAGCUAUCGACUGGUUGGCGCGGAAUCUUUAUUGGACUGACACAGGAACAGAUCGAAUUGAAGUAGCCCGAUUAAAUGGCACAAGUAGAAAAGUACUAAUAAAUGAAGAUUUAAUCGAACCCAGAGCAAUUGCUCUAGCCCCUGAAUUGGGAUGGAUGUUUUGGACGGACUGGAAUGAAAAACGUCCAAAAAUAGAACGAAGUAAUCUUGAUGGUACAGAACGUAUUCUCUUAGUAAAUAAAGACAUUGUUUGGCCAAAUGGAAUUGCACUAGAUCUUACACGAUGGAAAAUCUAUUGGUGUGAUGCAAAAACAGAUAAAAUUGAAGUGUGCAAUAUGGAUGGUACUGAUAGAAGAGAAGUAAUAACAGAUAAUCUUCCACAUCUUUUUGGAUUAAGCUUAUUGGGAGACUAUUUAUACUGGACUGACUGGCAAAGACGAAGUGUGGAUAGAGCGCAUAAACUUACAGGGGGUGAAAGAGAAGUUAUCGUUGAUCAAGUUCCAAAUGUCAUGGGUCUAAAAGCAGUGCAUUUAGGAAAAGUUAACGGUACAAAUCCUUGUGUGAAAAGUAAUGGUGGUUGUAGUCAUUUGUGUUUAAACCGACCAGGAAAUAAAUAUGUAUGUGCAUGUCAAAUUGGAUACGAAUUAACUAAAGACAAAAAGACUUGUGUCGUGCCAGAUGCGUUUAUGUUAUUUGCAAGAAAAGAAAAUAUUGGCAGAAUUAGCAUUGAAAAUGCAAAUAAUGAUAAUAUUAUUCCAUUGACAGGAGUUAAAGAUGCAAGCGCUUUGGACUUUAAUAUAGCAGAUAAUCGCAUUUACUGGACAGAUGUUAAAUUAAAGACAAUUACAAGAGCUUUCAUGAAUGGAUCUGAUAUAGAAAGAGUCGUUGAUCUUGGUUUAGAAACACCUGAAGGUUUAGCGAUUGAUUGGAUUGCUCAUAAUUUAUAUUGGAGUGACACAGGAACUCGAAGAAUAGAAAUGGUUAGAUUAGAAGGUUGUAGCAGAAAAGUUCUUAUUUGGACUAACAUUGUUGAGCCUAGAUGUCUGGCUCUUGAUCCUAGUAAAGGUCAUAUGUACUGGACAGAAGGGGGAAAUUAUGGAAGUAUAGAAAGAUCAUAUUUAGAUGGUACACAUCGUGAAAUAAUACUUUCCAAUAUUGGAAGAGCAAAUGGUUUAACGAUUGAUCAUUCGGCACGAAAAUUAUAUUGGGCGGAUUUAUAUACUCCUGCUAUUGAUAGCUUUGAUCUGCAUACAAAAAAAAGAAAUGCAAUUAUAACAGACAAUAUUGUAUAUCCAUUUAGUAUUACUCAGUAUCAGGAUUACAUCUAUUGGACAGAUUGGAAUACAGGUGACAUAGAGAAAGCUAAUAAGACUACUGGGAAAAACAGAGUGAACAUACAUAACAAGUUGGAAUCUGUAACAGAUUUGUUGGUUUUUCACGCUUCUAGACAAGCAGGCUGGAAUCCUUGUGCAUUAAAAAAUGGCAACUGCACUCAUCUUUGUAUUGCUUUACCUGGAGAAAAUGAAAGCACAUCUAAUUCUUUCAAAUGUGAAUGCCCUACUCAUUAUAAUUUAGCAGAAGAUAAUAAAACUUGCAUUGCGCCCAAAAACUUUAUGAUGUAUAGUUUACGCAAUGCGAUGUUUCGCAUUCUUCCUGAUACGAAUGAUUGUCCAGAUGUAGUUCUUCGAAUUCAAGGUUUAAAGCAUGUACGAUCUAUAGAAUUUGAUCCUAUAACUCAACACAUUUAUUGGAUAGAUGGACGAACUUUGUCCAUUAGGAGGACUUUAGAGAAUAAAACGCAUUCUAGUAUAAUGAUUUCUGGAAAUUCAGGACAUCCCGUAGAUCUUGCUUUGGAUUCACUGGGAAGAUUACUAUUCUGGUCAUGUGCCAUAAAUGAUGCAAUCAAUGUUACAAAACUUGACAAUGGCUCUGCAUUAGGUGUUGUUGUCAAAGGUGACGGAGAGAAACCGAGAAAUAUUGCAAUACAUUCAGAAAAAAGACUGCUUUUUUGGACAGACGUUGGAAAAAAGAUGAGAGUGAUGCGCAGUAAAAUGGAUGGAAAAGAAAGAAUUGUAAUAGCAACUGACCUAGAACAACCAACAAGCAUUGCGGUAGAUGCAAUUUCGAACAUUGUAUAUUGGGCGCAUGGAAAUAAGAUUGAGUAUGCAGAUUUUGAUGGGAACAAUGGAGGAAUUUUGGUCUCUACUAUUGGACAAGGAUCAACUGUUUAUUUGUCCGUCUUCUUUGAUUUUAUUUACUGGUUUGAUAGAGAAACAUCGAAUUUAGAGCGUAUUAAUAAAUCUGGAAAUGGAAGGAAAGUAAUCAUGAAUAAAGUACUUACAGAUUUAAUUGCCGUAAAUACUCCUCAAGAUGAUGUAAUGAAAACACAUAUUUGUAGUCCUUUUCGAGAUUAUGGAGGAUGUUCACACUUUUGUAUAGGAACUAUUUCCUCUAAAUGUUCUUGCCCAAAAUCUUUGGUUUUAUCCGAAGAUGAAAAGACUUGUAGAGCCGCACCAGCUUGUGGAACAGAUCAUUUUACUUGUGCUGCACCUAGCUCUGCAGUAACAAAAGAUUGUAUACCUGCAACAUGGAAAUGCGAUGGUCAAACAGACUGUCCUGAUGGAAGUGAUGAGUUAGGUUGUCCAGCAUGCAGUCGCGAUCAAUUCAAAUGUCAAAGUGGCCAUUGCAUUGACAUGUCCUGGGUAUGUGAUGGAACAGCACAGUGCCAUGAUGGUCUAGACGAAGCUCAUUGUUGUCGUCCAGGACAAUUUCAAUGUAUUGGAAAUGGUGUUUGUAUUUCUGGUUCAGCUCUUUGUGAUGGUUGGGAGGACUGUGCUGACGGAAGUGAUGAACUUCCAUCUGCAUGCACACCUGCAAACAAUCCUCGACAAGAAAAUAAUUCGUUAGAAUCUGGAAGAACAAGUUACGUUAUUAUCAUACCUGUUGGAUUGUUUGCAAUGAUUGUUGCAAUUGUUCUUGGAUUUUGUUAUUGUAGAAGAAAGUUCAUGAAUAAUGAAGAGUUGCCUGAUAUUUUACAUGAUUCAGCUGGAGAUCCACUAUCACCCAAACCAGUCAGAUUGGCGAAACCAAUGUUUGCACAAAAAAAUUGUAGAAAAGAUUUGAAAAUCGGAAUGGAAACUGUAAGAAUGUCAAUGUUAAAUGGAAGUAGUAUAGGAUCAAGUUAUGAUCGCAGCCACAUUACUGGAGCCUCUAGUUCAACUCGAGGGAGUUCUACAGGAGGUUACCCGCAAGAGACAUUAAACCCUCCUCCAAGUCCUGCAACAACAGUUAAUUCUACCAGAUAUUCAAGCAGUAACACAUCUAGAUAUAAACCUUAUAGGUAUUAUAGGAGCAUAAAUAAACCCCCACCUCCAACUCCUUGUAGUACAGACGUUUGUGAUGAAUCAGACAGCAAUUAUCCAGCAAGAUAUCGAUAUGAAAGUGAACCUUAUCCUCCACCUCCUACACCAAGAUCUGUUUACCAAAGUGAUGCUGGAAUUAGUUGUCCUCCUUCUCCUAGUUCACGAUCUUCUACAUAUUUCAGUCCACUUCCACCACCUCCUUCUCCCGUUCCCUGAAUAUAUUAAAAUUGUAGAAAUUUGUUUAUAUUGUAAUUUUUGAAAGAUGAAAUCUUUUGGUAAGUCUGUAAAAAAUGAUUAAAAAGGUAAAAUUUAUUUUAUUAAAACAUUUAUAUUUUAUAAGUGGAGGAGCGAAAGCAUUACUUUUAAAAUAUUCAGCUACAAAAGUAGAUAUUGGAUAUUUUUAUUUAUUUAUGUUAACAAGUAAAAUGACAAGAGAAGUAUCUUAUCAUUUCAUAAGCAAAUUCCAUCAAUUAAAUGUUAUUUAAUGUCUCCUUUUUAAGGGUUUUGAGAGAAGAAUUUUUUAUUAAAGAAAAAUUCAAAUUUUAUAUCAAAUCUGUUUGAAGUAUUUGAAUAAGAUUUUAUCUUUGUAAAAAAUUUAUACCAUUGUGCCUCUUCGUACUUGUAAGAGAUUUAAUCAUAAAAUGUUGUAAAUAUUGUAACAAUGUAUAAAAAUUGUAUAUGAUUUUUAGUUUUUGAGAUAGACGUUAUUCUAUAAAAAGAUUCUUUUUUAUAUUAAUACAAAUUAGUAGGUUUAUAAUAUAAUAUAAUUAGUAUUAUUCUAUUGUAAAAGUACGUAUAGUAAAGUACAGUAGAACCUCAGUUUAACCGCCGAGGCUCUGAUAUUUAAUUUUAAAUACUUUGACGUUCGUGGUAAAAUAUCAUCACGAUAUCGUGUCGUCGCUGUUUUAAUUUCUUAAAAUAUAUUGCCAGUUUGUUCCUUAUCGCAAAAGAGCUGCGAAUUUCAGAAAAAGAAUUUUAGAGUACCAAAAAAAUUUAAAAACAGUUCGUAAAAUUUUACAUUAUCAAAAUGUUUUCCAUAAUUUUGUUGCACAAUUUGCGUACACAUAUAUUAGAUCUCUCCGAAUUAUCCGAGAUAGUCUUGGUCCACAUUACCUCGGAUAAUCGAGGUUCUACUGUAUAGCGUAUAAAAACUUAAUCGCGUGAGUUUCAUAUUUACAGCCAAAACAUAUCAAACUUCAUAUUAUAAAUUAAAAAUAGAUAGAGAAAUUGAAAAUUAUUUCUAAUGAGAAUUAAAUCAAAAUAAAUAACGAACUAUAAUAAUUAAAUAAUGUAAGAACAUU